AUGAAAAUGUUUGGGUUGAAGAGAAUUGUUGACGAAAAGGUCAACAAAACAGUAGAUAUGGCUUCAGAUGCUGCUAACUCUUUGCUGGACACAACGUACAAGGGUGGAUUAUUCUCAAUGAUUAUCAUUACCAUCGUAUGGGUGUCCAUAUUUCUGUACAUAGCAUUCUAUUAUGCUUACAUGCCUUCUCUCAUGUUCAGCCGUCCGGUUCACAUGCAGUUCAAAUCCUGUUACAGCAAUAAAGGUUUAUGUGAUUACCCUUCAGCACAUGUUCAGUUAACCAAAAGCCACCAGUUAUUAAUGAUUGGUCAAAAAUACAAAAUUACUGUUUACGUUGAGCUACCAGAAUCACCGGUUAAUGAAGAAAUUGGAAUGUUUAUGCUCUGUGUUCGUUUGAGUGACAAAUUCGGCUAUCUUGUAUCGUCUUCCUGUCGAUCCAGUAGAUUAAGGUACAUGAGCCAACUGUAUCGUGCUGUUCAUACAUUUUUUAUGGUACCAUUUUACCUGACAGGAUUAUCUGCAGAAAAACAAUUAAUCCAGCUGGAAAUGUAUACAGAUUUUGAAGAAGAUCAAUUACAUCCAGUUACAGACAUUUACUUCGAGAUGUUAAAUCAUGAUAUUCAAAUUUAUUCUGCCAAGAUAAACAUCAUUGCUAACUUGGGCGGUUUACGAUACCUCAUGUUUCAUUGGCCGAUAGUAUCGGCUUGUCUAGGAAUCGGAUCAAAUCUCCUUUUUGUAUUUUUUGUGUUUUCAAUGUCAUGGCGACAUAUAUAUGGAUCUGAAGUUUAUAGAAGUAAACCCAAUGAUCUUUUGGGCCGAACAGGCAUCGAACACUUGGAUGAAUUUGAUUCUGAAGAUGAUUCUGAAAUAUCAGAUGAUUUAUCUAAAAAAGAGUUUCUACCUUAUAGUUUUUCAUCAUCCAGUCUAAUGAUUCCUGAGCAAUAG